GCAAGUGUGCGUGUUGUUUUCAUCGUCUCGUCUCGGUGCUGCGCGGCCUGGUGUGGUGGAUCGGUUUCUGUGUCUCGUUUACAGUAAGGUAAAUAAUCACAACGUGGCUGGCCGGAAAGUUUCGCGAAUUAUUUUUGUUUUGAGUUUGGGUUUUCGGCUUCGCGAUCGGUGGUAAACAAGUGAAGUCAAUAUCGGUUUUUAAAACACUAGGUAAUUAUUAUUCAUGAUAGAGGAAGAAGCGGAAUAGAGUAGUGCAUUUUAGUUAUUUGCUACGAAGCUUUUGUGAAGUGCGAUUUGACAGAUUCAAUUCUUCAUUAGUGUAUGUGGUUGUACCACAUUGUAGUCAACGCCAUAUGGCGAAAGCGAAAACCGGUCAGAUGUGUUAUGUUUGAAAGUUGUUGCAGUUUUAUUUUUAUACCUACUGUUUGGAAUAGUGGUAGGUACGCUGCAUGCAUAUGCAGCGCAUCGUCGAGGCCGGUGCUGCAUUGGAUCAAUAAGUAGAUUCGAACACUUGUGUGUGCUGAACGAGUGCCAGAUAACUGGUAAAUGACCGAUCAAAUAGUUCAAUCCUCGUAGUAUUCUCUAUCUAUUAGUGACAGUGUGCAUUCAGACCUCGGUGAAGUGAAGCAAACAAGAGAAAAAAAGAAAAAUUGUAAAACCAAUGAAAAACUCUCCCAACAGUGUACUAGCAGCAGUGCACUAGCGAAAACCCGAAAAUAGUCGACUAAUUCAGAAAUAUGUGCAGCUAGCUCGGAUCGAUAUCACAUCCGGAGUGCAGUUUUUUUGUUUUCGUUAUUACCCCCUUCCCGUAUCUUCGGCGCCGUCGCCACCGGUAUUGCCAUCACCACGCCACCAAUCGUUCGUGGGCAUUGAAACGGCAGCCAGCCAGUAGUGCGCGGACACAUCCAAACGGAAUUGCAAUCACCAUCGACGAUAUCAUCGCCGGCGUUGACGAGGUCGUCGCAAUCAUCGCCAUCCAUAUCGGCGAUUCUACGCCACGGUCGGCGGCCACGGGAUAAGGUUUAACAUCAAAGCCCCAUUGCCGAUCGUUCGUUUUCCAUCAGCAGGUGCAGCGGAACCAUUCAAUCCUGCCGGUGGAUGCUCGAAAUGGCUGGAUUGUUCAUUAAGCCGGCCGUCUCCAUGCUAUGGCGGCAUACGGCGACCCCUCGAUGAUCUCUCCUCCGUCUUCCAUCUCGAACGGCCCAGAGCCUCAGUUACCGCCGUUACCACCGCCGUUACGUUCAACGCAAGUGCUGCAACCGCUGUCAGUGUUUCCAGUUUUUAUUUCCCAACUUCCAGUAUCAACCUUGAGUCAGGAAGCUACGUAUGAUUAUGUGUUUGGAGGGCCACUGGACUCACAGGCCCUGUCAUCAACGCUUAAGCUGACCUCACCUCCAAUACGACUGCGCCCAGACGUGUACCGAUCGCAAUCGAUCGACUCCCAGCGCAGCAGUGGCGUAGACGAUGGGCGUUCCUCGUCCGCACAGCACUCGCAGCAUCACAGGUCGUCCCGUGCAAGUUCACUUAAGCGAUCAAGAUACGUAGGAAACGACGGCACCGCUUCUAUUGGCUCCCGCAAGAGCGAUCGUGGCGAUGGGGAGGAUGAAGACUCAUUGCGUCAAAUGCUUAUCGAAUUGCAGAAGCAGGUCAGCGUGAUGAGCAUGAAUCUGUCAGCGAAGUUAGACGAUCUGCAGCGGGGUGACCGGCAUCUCGAGACGACGGUCGCCCUCUGCGAGAUCCGAACGCAACUGCAGGAGCUCACCAAGUCAGUGGAGAGCUGCCAGACCGAGGUGUCAGAGGUGAAACGUGAUAUGGUACAAAUCAAGCAUGAGCUCGAUACGGUGCAACAGGUGAAGGAAGAGAUCGAAGAGCUGCGCGAAUACGUGGACCGGCUGGAGGAGCACACACACCGGCGAAAAUUACGUUUAUUAGAGCAAGGUCUAACGUUCUUCCUGACGUACGCCAUCUUUGCGGCCGUGCUCGGCAUGCUGCAGUUUGGCUACAAUACCGGUGUCAUCAACGCGCCUGAAGUCAACAUCGAGAAUUUCAUGAAGGACGUGUACAAGGACCGGUACGGGGAGGAUAUCAGUGAGGAGUUUAUCCAGCAGCUGUACUCGGUGGCGGUGUCCAUAUUCGCCAUCGGCGGUAUGCUAGGAGGAUUCAGCGGCGGUUGGAUGGCCAACCGGUUUGGAAGGAAAGGUGGCCUGUUGCUAAACAACGUACUCGGUAUCUCGGGUGCAUGCCUGAUGGGAUUCACGAAGAUGAGUCAUUCCUAUGAAAUUCUAUUCCUCGGACGAUUUAUAAUUGGUGUCAAUUGUGGCUUAAACACAUCAUUAGUACCAAUGUAUAUAUCUGAAAUUGCUCCAUUAAAUUUAAGAGGUGGUUUAGGUACCGUUAACCAAUUGGCUGUGACCGUAGGAUUAUUAUUAUCACAAGUACUGGGUAUAGAACAAAUUUUAGGAACUAAUGAUGGCUGGCCCGUGCUGUUAGGGCUAGCCAU